ACACUAAUGGAUCCGUUGAGGAGAUAAUUGUGGCAUUCAAUGGGUUCCCAUUGGAUACAACUGUCUUCGCCUCUCUUCGCACUCAAAUCGCUAUUAAUUCCCUCCAAAGCGAAGAGCAUUUCAAAGACAAGACACGGACUUUAA